AUGUCGUGGCCGGUUCUGGUGAGGCCUACCUACGAUACGGUCGUUAGACCUUUCCCGGAGCUUACCGAUCCUCCCAAGUUUAAGCCAAUCGCCUACAAGGACUACGUAAAUCGCAAGUUCAGCAAGAUACCGAUCGUUGAGCUGGACUCAUAA